AUGUCGGAGAUCUCCGCAGACCCCCCUACCCGUUCUCUCAAAGGCAAGGUUGCCAUCAUUACAGGGGCAGGUUGUGCGGGCGAUGGUAUUGGUAAUGGUCGUGCUAUAUCCAUAUUGUUAGCCGACGAUGGAUGCGAUGUAGUGUGCGUCGACCGAGACCUCGCCUGGGCAACUAAAACCUGCGAUAUGGUAAAGUCUAAGGCUGGUCGAGGUAACGCCAUCCCUGUUCAAGGGGAUGUGACUUCCUCCGAAGACUGCGAAAGAUUCGUUCAGUUAGCACUGUCAAAGUUUGGCAGACUUGACAUUCUCGUCAACAAUGUCGGAGUUGCUGGAGCCCCAGGAACUGCCAUUGAGGUAGACAUGGAUCAGUGGGCAAAGAGUCUCGAAGUCAACGUCUCCAGCAUGGUCAUGAUGGCCAAGUACGCCAUUCCCGCCAUGCAAAAAAACGAAGGAGAAAGCAAAGGAUCGGUUGUCAACAUGGGCAGCGUCGCCGGGUUGAAAGGAGGCACGCCGCAUUUGCUUUACCCAACGAGCAAAGGAGCCAUUGUGAACAUGACUCGAGCAAUGGCUGCACAUCAUGCAAAGGACGGGAUUCGUGUGAACUGCGUCUGUCCUGGGAUGCUUUAUACGCCAAUGAUGUAUGCUGGCGGAAUGACGGAAGAAGCAAGGGAAGCUAGAAAAGCGAGAAGCCUGCUGGGCACAGAAGGGAAUGGUUGGGAUGCAGCUUGUGCGGUCGUUUUCCUCGCCAGCAAUCACGCACGGUGGAUGACUGGUGUUAUUCUGCCGGUUGAUGCUGGAACUACAGCUGCUGUUGGAAUAGGGAUGACCAAGAGCGCAAGCGUUAAUGGCUGA